AUGCAGGCAGUACUGACGGAGGCCUCUUCACUGAAACAACGCCUGCAGCAGAUCCGAGACGCUGGCUGCAGUGAACCUGGCCAGAUCAUCUGCACUGACAAUUGUUCCACGGUGUCGGUGUGCCUGGGAGAUGGCUCGAGCGCCACGGACGGCUUCACGACCAUGCCUGUGGAGAUCUGCAGCAGUGGCACCAGGUGCAGCGCGUCCAACAUGACGUGCGUCGCCCCGUCACAGUCUGACUGCCACACGCUGGACAGCGGCUUCAUGUGCCACGCCACCGGAUACCUUCCAGACCCGUACAACUGCACCGUCUACCACCUGUGCCUCGACGUCAACCGGCCUCCCUUCCUCACUGGCAGCUGCACUGAGGGCUGGGCGUACGACCCUCUCACCACUGACUGCAGCCUGACGCAGCUGGACCGCGUCUGCACCGAGGGCCCGGUGCCGGCCUGCGAGACGGUGGGCCAGAACGGCGCCAUCCCGGAGAACCAGCAUAUCUACUACGUCUGCGUCAACACGGGCGGACAGCUCAGGCCCAUCCUGUACAAGUGCGAGCACGGCCAGAUCUGGAGCGACACCAGCGACGAGUGA